CCGAAGAGAGCCGAGUAGUACCGAAGGUAACCGAGGUGUACGGACGAGUCGUCAGUCGAGCCCGAACGAGAUCCUAGUAAAGUCGUGUCCGCGCGUGGUAAAGGAAAAAGAGUGGAGAGGAAGAAGAUUGGUGUGUGUAGUUAAUCAGCGGCAACAGCGUUCGACUUGUACACGCGCGAUUAACGAAGAAGUAUUGUCGUAUGAAAGUUUUUCAAGUAAAUGCGAAAUAUGUGUGCCGCUUAAGAAACGAAAAGGAAAAGAGAACAGAGAAAAGAGAAAAAAAAGAAAAGAAAAGAAAAGAAAAGAAAAGAAAAGAAAAGAAAAGGUAAUGCGAAACAUAGAAUCCUUAGUUGAUAGUAAUGGAAUCGUUUUCGGUAUCGUAUUGAUACGAUUAAGCAAAUGUUGAUACGUUGGACGAGUAUAAUCGUGUUUUAAGGAGGUAUCGUAUUUUUUGUGUUUUUCCCCUCUUUCUCUUCUCUCUCGCAAGGAAAUUUAAAAAGAGUGUAUAAAGAGAGGUUAGGAUAGUAUUAUUAUGAACGUGAUAAGGACAGUAGAGUGUUGUGCGAGAAAGUGGCGAAAACUGUGAGGACGAGAGAAGAGGAGGAGGAGGAAGUGGAGACGACGGUGGAGACGUCGGAGGAGGAAGAGGAGGCGGAGGACGAGAGAGAGAGACGGCGUAACAACAGUGAGGAGGAAGAAGAAGAAGAAGAAGAGGAGAAGGAGGAAGAAGACGAAGAAGACGAAGACGAAGAAGAAAAGAAGGAACGUGUUGGUAGUGGUCGGUGACACAGAGAAGAAGAAGAAGAAGAAUAAUAGUGUUGGUAGUGCGUCGGCAGUUUUUACUCUUCGAAUACUACUCUGCUAAUGCAGUAGUAGUAGUAAGUAAUAGUAGUAGUAGUAGCAGUAGUAAUACAAAUUAUAGUAAUAAUCAGUGGUAUAUACAUAUAUCGGUGUGCGUGUUAUUUUUCGUGGCGUAUGAGAAGUGCUGCCGGAAGAAAAAGAAGGAGAGAGAAUAACAGCAUUAGCAGUAACAACAACAACAGCAACAGCAGAAGAAGAAGAAGCAGUAGCCUAGUGGUGGUGUUGUCCCGUGUGCUGUUAUUGCGUGUGGCGGCGAAGCGUGCGUCAGAGAAUAAGUGUUGGGACACGCACUCGUCGAUGCGUGUGUGUGCGUAGUCAACUGUCUCUCUCUCUCCCUCUCUCUCUCUCUCUCGCGAUAUACAGUGGCAGCCGGGCAGGCGCGUUGGUACGUUGCUUGUAUUCACGUUCUCGCGUCUCUACCCCUCGUUAAAAAGAGAGAGAGAACAUUUCUCUUCGUCCUCUUCUACCACACCAUCAUAUAUAUAUAUAUAUACAUAUACAUAUAUAAUACCAUCACCUACCUCGUCGUUGUGUUGUGUCGUCAUCGUGUCGUGUCGUCGUCGCUGUCCUUCUCUUUCCCUACCUCAUCUCCUUCUCUCUCUCUCUCUCUUUCUCUCACAAACACACACACACAUCACCAGCCACAUCCACCCGUUGUCCUCUCUCUUUCUCUCUCGCUCACUCGCUCGCUCGCUCGCUCGGUCGGUCGGUCGUUCUAUCGCACGCUCUGGGGCCACCGCACCGAAGGCGACCGAGCCAGGGCACCAGGCGCUACGCAAGAUGGCUGUGUGUCGCUAACGAGAGCCCAAAGAGAACCGGACGGGUAAACGAGAAGCCGGGGCAUAAACGGAACAUGCGGCUACGCGAUCGUCGGGCCCGUCCCUGAAGAAGAGAGACACUGGCCAACAAGCAGAGAGGAGCCGAACGAGGGCCGAGAGAGUGAGUGAGAUGCUUGUCACGAAUAAAGUCAAUGUAGUAGUCGUCUUCUUCGCCCUACUCUUCUUCUUCUUCUUCUUCUUCUUCUUCUUCUUCUUCUUCGUCGUCCUCUCAGAAUGGGAAAGGAGAGACGACGCGAAAUUUUCUGAUCGUGACUGACCUUACACUUAUCGUCAUUGUAGUUUUUCAUCCUCAUCGUCCUCGUACAUGUGAACUUUCUCACGGAAAAGAGAGUUUACUGAAGAGAAAAAGAAAGCAAGUUUCUAACUUGUCAACGUCAUCAUCGUCAUCGUCAUCAUCAUCAUCAUCAUCAUCAUCAUCAUCGUCAUCGUUAUCAUCGUCAUCGAUGAAUUCGUCGAGGACGGUGCACCACUACUUCAUUAUUUCUAUUCAACUUCGAAGAUCCUCCAUCUUGUUCCUCAACUUAUUCGAAGAAUCGUGAUCGUUGGAAUAUAUACGAAUAUGAUGCAUCCUUACGAUUUUAUUGGACGAACGAAUCCUACUUUUCUUGGACAAGGAUAGCGUAGAAACGGAUGCGAAAAGUUAUUCUUGAGGAACUCAAGUGUCUAUUCAGAGAUAACAGGGAAUGUGUGACAUGUUCAUCCAAACACAGCAGACGAGUAGCGUCAACGGCAGCAGCAGCAGCAGCAGCAGCAGCAGUAACAACACCGCUCACCAUCAUAGCAAGAAACGCAAGUUGGAGUACAACGUGAGCCAGCCGGUGAUCCAGCACGGAUUGGUCCAAUCGACCGGCGACUACCAAUUGGACAAUACCGGACUGCAACAGCGGUACUCCGUGAACGGUGCUAAUACCGCAUUUAGCUCGCUGCACAACAAUAAUGCGCUGCAGAAGAGUAGCCCGAACCAGCAGACCCUGGUACGAGCCUCGACGAUCAAGCUCCUAGACACCUACCAACGCUGUGGCCAGAAGAGAAAAACUUGGUCGAGGGAGGGUAAUGGUGACGCCCUGGCAGUCCACUCCGCCAACGCGACGAACGCAGUGGGUAGUACUAUAGUGUCGCAGCAUUAUAACCAACAGCAACAGCAACAGCUGCAGCAACAACAACAGCAGCAGCAGCAACAACAACAACAACAGCAACAGCAGCAACAACAACAGCAGCAACAGCAGCAGCAGCAACAACAACAGCAACAACAGCAGCAGCAGCAACAACAGCAACAACAACAGCAACAUAAGCAAGCAGGGAUGACAGCUCAUAGCAAACAAGUUGCAAAUGCGGCCAAUGGGGGUGGCGGUGGUGGUGGAGGUGGCGGUGGCGGUGGCGGAGGUGGAAGUAAUCCUCAGGGGGAUGGUGAUUAUCAUUUGGUCCAACACGAAGUUUUAUACUCUAUGACCAAUCAGUAUGAAGUUCUUGAAUUUUUGGGCAGGGGUACGUUCGGCCAGGUUGUAAAAUGUUGGAAAAAGGGUACCAAUGAAAUAGUAGCCAUCAAAAUUCUUAAAAACCAUCCCUCGUAUGCGCGCCAAGGGCAGAUUGAGGUCUCCAUCCUGUCACGACUAAGUCAGGAAAACGCGGAUGAGUUCAACUUUGUGCGCGCUUAUGAAUGCUUUCAGCAUAAAUCACACACCUGUUUGGUGUUUGAGAUGUUGGAACAAAAUCUUUAUGACUUUUUAAAGCAAAAUAAAUUCUCACCGCUACCUCUUAAAUUUAUCAGGCCGAUACUACAACAGGUUUUAACUGCUUUAUUAAAGCUCAAGCAAUUGGGCCUUAUACAUGCGGAUCUUAAGCCAGAAAACAUCAUGUUAGUGGAUCCCUCACGUCAACCAUAUCGAGUGAAAGUCAUAGAUUUUGGUUCGGCCUCUCACGUAUCAAAAGCAGUCUGCAAUACUUAUUUACAAUCGCGAUACUAUCGUGCACCAGAAAUUAUUCUUGGACUUCCUUAUUGUGAAGCGAUAGAUAUGUGGUCGCUCGGAUGUGUCGUAGCAGAAUUGUUUUUGGGAUGGCCCUUGUAUCCGGGCAGCUCGGAGUACGAUCAGAUUCGAUAUAUAAGUCAAACUCAGGGCCUACCGACGGAACAUAUGUUAAAUAAUGCUAGUAAAACGACAAAAUUUUUUUAUCGAGACAUGGACAGUACGCAUCCGUUUUGGCGAUUAAAGACACCGGAGGAACACGAAGCAGAAACUGGAAUAAAAUCAAAAGAAGCUAGAAAAUAUAUUUUUAAUUGUCUCGACGAUAUUGGCCAAGUUAAUGUACCGACUGAUUUAGAUGGUGGUCAGCUUUUACCUGAAAAGGCAGAUAGGAGAGAGUUCAUUGACCUCUUGAAGAGGAUGCUCACCAUGGACCAGGUAGAGCGCCGAAUAACACCUGGAGAGGCUUUGAACCACGCUUUCGUUACCCUGGCACAUUUAGUCGAUUAUGCGCAUUAUAACAGUGUCAAGGCUUCCGUCCAAAUGAUGGAGGUUUGCAGAAGAGCUGGCGAUUUUACUGCAAGUCCUGCUCACCAUCAAGCACCACCUGCUCCGCAACCACCCCCGCCUACAUCUUUAGUAGCUAAUUUUGUACCAACGACGAAUGGUAGUGCAGUGACUCUUACUUUUAACAAUCAACUGACCAAUCAAGUGCAACGUUUAGUUAGAGAACAUCGCACUGCUCCAACGGGCUAUGACAAUCUGUAUCAAAUCUAUAGUAACAGCAGUCGUCGAGCAACACAAUACAGUGGUUCUUCUAGUGGUUCGAAUAGUGGUCGAAGUGCGGUGCAUGAUUUUUCACAUCAAUUAGUACCUGGUAUAUUAUGUCCUCCUCCUGGUUAUCAAACGAUGCCAAGUCCAGCUAAACACGUAGUCGUUGCUCAGCCACCGCAGGCUCAACAAGGUCCACUUCAAAUUCAACCGUCGAUCAUAUCGCAGCAAGCUGUUGCGGCAGCUGCGGUAGCCGCUCAACAACAGUAUGCAGCAGUUCCUGUGUCUAUGGUAGAAACUGGACGACAAAUGUUACUCACUAAUGCCGUGCAAACAUCAUGGCCUGGUGGAAGUCGACAAAUGGCUGCAAUUGUACCAUCUUGGCAACAGUUACCACCGCAACACGCAGCCAUUCAACAACCAUUAUUGAGUGAUGCUGGAGAUUGGGGAAGACCACUUAUCGUUGAUAGUUCUGCCAUAUUACAGGAUCAGCGGCCAGUGUUUCCUGUCACGGAAGUUUAUAACACUAGUGCUCUCGUUGAACAUCCUCCGCAAGGUUGGGGCAAACGUAGUGUAACGAAACAUCAUCAACAUCAUGUGACUGUACCUCAGCAAAGUCAACACAGGCAUGAACAUAAAAAAGAAACUCAACAGUUGAGUCCAGUGAAAAAGAGAGUGAAGGAGAGUACACCACCGAGUAGUAUGAGACGACAUUCGCCUUCGAGUGGACAUUGGCAACAACAACCAAUUCAAUCUCAUCAUCACAGCAGCAAACACAGUAGUAGUCACAAUGUAGAACAUCAACAAGUUGCAUCCGUCCGGCAACAAACUAUAACGAUAUACGAUACCCCAUCUCCGGCUGUUUCUGUUAUUACUAUCAGUGACAGCGAAGAUGAAUCACCAGGGAAAUGCUGUGGCGAUCGUCAAUGCGGAGCCUGUCAAAGUUUGGCAACUCGCCUGUCUGGCGACGGACGUCCUGUCCGUGAGGAGGUCAUUCGAAGUACACAAUCUACACCAAGAGUUGUACCAACGAUGCAGCAAGCUCAUUCGAGUACGCAAGCUCACACAAGUUCUCAUACGACCUCACAAAGCUCGUCACAAAGAGCUCAAAGAAAGAAUGUUAUUAGCUGUGUUACGGUUGGUGAUAGCGAUGGUGAAGUUAGUCCAGGCAGAGCUCAUGCUCAUUUAUAUCAACAAGUACCACAACAUCCGCAACAUCAACAAACUACCACUCAACAUAUUAAACAUGAGCCUCAGCAACAACAUCACGUUAGCAGUAGUUCUGGCUAUUCCUCUCAGUCACAAAAGAAGCGAUUAUUGGCUAAGGUACAAUCCGAGUGCAAUAUGGUGAACGUUACAACUAAGUCUGAACCUGGCGUUGAGUAUGUCGCUCCACAUCCAUGUCACGCGCCAGCUUGCAAAGAGCCACCGACCUAUCAGGAUGACGCCUAUGACAUGCAUGACUACUUCUUGCAGUAUGUGACCACAAGUAGCGCUCAUCCUCAUCUCCAAGAGCAACACAUCGUUUACACGACUGGUACAGACAAGCGAGUCUCUUGGCCUGGAAAACGAGCAGAGUAUAAACACGAGUACGUUCAACCUCCAGCAGCUCAUUCGAGAGAUCAUCAAAAGUGGGCAGUAGCAAACCCUGUACAUCAAUAUAGGCAGAGCCAGGUGGUAGGCUCGGCAGCCCAUCCGGGUCAUACCCACAGCCACCAUGGGCAUCCAGUCCAUCUGAGUCCUGGGGGUGGUGGUGGAGGCAGAAGCCCCACAGGCGGACCUGUGAUAGGGGGUGCCCAGCAUCUGGGACAACCUCUCUACCAGGAGUACGCUCAUGUGCGUUCAAGAGCACAUGCUGUGCCACCCCCUGUAUAUGUUACUGCUGCGCCUUCUCAGGCUCCUACUGCUAUCCAGCAGCAACAAGUGCCCACCUUUCAGGGAUUCACACCCGGGUGGGUACCUAGACACCUAGUUGAUGCAUGCAUCUCGUCUCCAUUAACGUUGUAUGAUUCUAGUCGUGCGUUGCCACCACCAGCUCAUCACAGCUCAGCCAGACCAUUACUGGCAAGCCAUGCAGCGCAUCCUCUACCAGCACAUAUGCAACCUACUGCUGUUUAUGGAUUGGCUCCACUUUCACCAGCUAAACACCAGUAUCAACCGUCUGGUUUGUGGUUUACGGAAUAAAUAAUAUUCCUAUAUCUGGUUUAUAUUGAAGAGUUUUAAAGUGCAUUCUCUAAUUGUUAGUUUAAACUCUUCUACCCCCUUUAUUUCUUUUUCUGUUUCCUGAGAAACUUACGAUUAUUUCUUUUCCUCUCGUUUAUCGAUGUACAACACAAUGAGAAAUUCUUAUAUGAAAUGAAAAAGGACGUAUUGCUAUAUCUUAUAUAUAUAUAUAUAUGUAUAUAUAUCGAUAUAAGAUAUUUAUCAAAAGACUCAAGUUUCGUCUGCGUGUCUUUCUCUAUCUCUAUCUCUAUCUCUAUCUCUUUUUCAAAAAUUCUCCUUUAAUGGCUGUUAUUUGUAUUAACCGAAGAGAACAAUCAAGUUGUAUUAAUAUAUCUUUGAAAGGAGACUUUGAGAAAAAUUGCUAAGUUAGCUUUUUAGAAGAGACGAUCUUUUGAAAUAUUGAAAAUUAUCAAUCCGUCCUUGAUCAGCAUCGGAUCUGUUCCUUAAUUGUACAGAAAAAAAAGAAAGAAAAGAAAAAAACACAAUUGAGUUUGUAACAGUGACGAUGCGUAACAAUAGUUUCAUAGAAAAUAGAUCUCACGACUUACUACUUUUUAUUUAUUAUUCUUUGUUAAUUUUUAAUCGUAGAAAAAAGAAAAGUAAUGUCCUUUUUCAAUUCUUACGACUCGUAGAAAAAAUUAUAAAAAAAAAAAAAGAUUUACAAAUCGUGUGUAGUUUAGAUUACUAUUCUGCACGCUUUACGAUUACAUCACGGUAUAUAUGUAUAUAUAUAUAUAUAUAUAUAUAUAUAUAUAUAUAUAUAUGUAUAUAUGUAUAUGUUGCUAUUCUUAUUAAAAUUAACAAAGAUUUGUAAUAAUGUACGACACACUCUGUAGUGUGUAUGUGUGUGUGUGUGUGUAUAUCUCUUUGUGUGUGUUAACUGAUCCAUGUUAUUUUUAUCGUAAGUUUCCAGAAACAUAAAAAGAAUAUAGAAUAGAUUACAAAGAAGGGGGUAGGAGAAGAUAAAACUCGUAAAUAUUUGGCAAGACCAAUUCUCUGCGUUUCAAUUAUUAUCAAUUUUCUCUUUUUUUUUUCUUUUUUUUUUUUUUAUUGAACAUAAUCGCAGGAUUGUUAUUUAUAAUUUAGAUGGUUGAAUACAAAAAAAAAAGUAGCAUACGAAUGGAAUUAUUCUUCUAUUCGGAUAUAAUCAUUUGGUUAUUAAAUAUUGUUCUCUGUCAAUUUUAUUUAUUACGAAUAAGUUUGCAUUUCUCUCAUGGUAUGCUUGGGUACAUAUCAUGUAUAUUGUUUUUAACAAUGAUUAAUGAAGGUAUCUCUUAGACUAUUAAGUUCUUCAUCGAAUCGAGGGCAAUGGUUAUAUAUAUAUAUAUAUAUAUAUGAUUUGAUUGCUAAUGAAAUUUCAACUAUAUGUCUCUGAGAAUUUUUCUGCUGAGAUAUGCCUUUAGUCUUUUAAGUAUAUUACGUAUAAACAACUGGCACGCAAAGUUUAACGAAUUUAACUAUUUUCUCAUUAUUAUUCUUCUAUUUCUAUUUCUUCAUAAUACCAAAUUAAUAAGAAAUCCUACAUACAUAUAUAUAUAUAUAUUACAAAUAUACAUGUGUACACUGUUACAUGCAUACGAGAUACAUUAUUCAUGUAGGAGAAAAAAAAUGUAGGUAUUUAUUAUAUUUUUUUUUCUUUUUCUUUUUUUUUGUCGUUUCUUUUUUUUGGACUCUUUUCAUUUAGGAAGUAAUUGAAGGUUUCUUAUCAUUAGGAUAGUUAGUAGAUGCAAAGGGCACUCGUCAGAAAACUGAUUGUACAAAGUGUGUAUUUCAGAAUUUAGUGAUUGAAUUUACUGACUCGUUGGAUUAGAAUUUUUUCUAACAAAGAGAUUGCUUAGUGUUCGCAUAUAUUAUAUAUAUAUAUAUAUAUAAUGAACUGUACCUUCUUGAACAGUUUCAUUAUUAUUUAUUAACUUACUUUAUUUUUCUUUGUCUUCGUCUACUUCUUGUUAUUAUUAUUAUUAUUAUUAUAUUAUUAUUAUUAUUAUUAUUACAAAUAGCCACUAUUUUUUAAAACUGAAAUUUAGUCAUUUAAAUGUUCGGUAAUUUUCUAACAAAACAUUAUCUUUUAUCAUUUCUCAUUCUUGCAUUUCGACGUGGUUGUAUUUAGACAAAUAAUGCACAAAUGUGUAUUAGAUUUCACAGAGGAAAUAUGAUACAUAGUGCACGAAGAAAGUUUAAGAAAUUAAAAAGAAAUAAUAAUUGCUUUGUAAGCAUUAUGGAACGAUGCUACAUCACACAACAACAGUAUUUAUCACGAGCAUACAUAUUUCUCAUUUGUAUAAACUCAUUUCUUUGUAAUGAUAACGUUAAAGAAUCUGUACAUAAUAUUGUCGAAAGGGAAAAUAAGCCCCUAAUAAUUUCUCUAGUUCUUUUCACUCAUUAAAUCGUGUUCUUCCUUCUCACACUUUUCCACGUCAGGUGUAAGAACAAAAGUUUCUAUAUAUCUCUUAGAAGGAAUAUAUAUUAUAUAAAUAUUAUAUAUAUGUGUGUAUAUAUAUCUGUGAUAUAUAUAUGUAUAUAUAUAUGUAUAUAUAUAUAUAUAUUCUAAUCCAAAUGAACUAUAUUAAUGAGGUAAAGUUUUGAAAGUUAAUUUGUACAUAAUUAUUAAUGGAAUGGCUCUCUUCUUAUCUUGAAGAAAGGAAUAAAAAAAAAAAUAAAUGAAGGGAAAAUAAGUUGCACAUAUGGUUCUUGAAGCCUCCUCUAGCUCGAAUGAGCAUUACUUUUGUGUGGACUGAUAUUGUCUGUCUUUUGUGGUUUUACAUAGAAUGAUGCUUAGAUAUUGUUUUUUGCAAACUAUUGAAUAAUAUGAUAGAUGUGUAUAUAUAUAUAUGUAUGUAUGUAUGUAUAUAUAUACACAGCUAUAUAUUCACAUGCAAGCCACGCAUACAUAUUUAUAUGUAGCUGUAUGAUAAUUCGUAUAGUAUGGGGAUUAAUAAUGGGUAUGUUGAUUAGAGUGAUUUACGUCCAGAGUUGAACUAGAGAUAUUUUAUACGUAGAGAAAAAAAAAAGAGAGAGAGAAUGAAUGCGAAUGAAUGUGAGAGAAAGCGUGAAAGGGUUGGGUAAUGAGAAUAGUAGAAGAAAUAUGGUAAAUUUUAUAUGUGUAUGGAUGCAUAUGUAAAAAAAAUACGCAACAGACACAUAUAUUAGCCUAUAUGUAUAUAUGCACAUAUAUAAGUAGUGUAUAGUAUAUUAUAAAUAUAAAAAGGAGUUGUAGGUAUGUUACCGUAUACACAGUGAGAGGAACUAAAAACUAACAGAAUAGUAAACAAAGUAAGCAGGUAGUGUGCCGCAAAAAGUUGUAUUAGUAGAUAAACAUAGGGCCGCGAUAGCUGUUGGGUCCACGAUAAUUUAGCAUCAUAAGUCUCUCGAGUGCCUUUGUAUCGAGAGGCGUCAGGAUAAAUUAAUGUGAUCUAAUGGUGUCGUCCCUUCUUUCUAUGUAUGUUGAAAGUGAGGUUAGAUACGUCCUUUCUUUUUCUUUCUUUUUCGUCCUCUAAACUUUUCUUAAGAAAAAACUUGAUCGAUUUUAUCUAAUAACAAUUAUGAUGACGACGAUGAUUGAUGGUGAUGAUGAUGGUGAUAUGAUGAUGAUGAUGAUUAUGAUAAUAACAUAAUUACUAAUAAUAAUAAUAAUACUAUCGUAUAAUAAUACUAUACCAUUAGUAAUAAUAAUAAAACUCGCGUUGUUUAACGCAUUAAAUUGCAAAAAUUAUUAUCGUACUAAAAGAAAUAUUUAAUCCACUCGAUGUGCCUAUUUAAUAAUUACUUAAUUAAUUGUAUCUCUUGGUGAUUAUGAAUGCGAUGAGAGGAAUUAGUCCCUUUUGUCUUGUGCUUAUGCCUUUUCCUUUUUUAUUGCUUCUGAGAUCGAUAGGUAUCGUCAAAAAGAAAAAAAAGAAAAAAAAAGAAAAAAUAUGUAUAUACAUACGUUUGUACGUUUCUACGAUCGUAUAUGAAUGGAUGUGAUAUUUAAAUUGUUAAAUCGAUUUAAAUCUCCCGCCAUUUGUAUUCUAUCUAAACGAACGUACAACAAUGUAUCUAAGCUUUCUUGUGAAAUGGUUAGACAGAUGUACAUACAUAAUUAUUGUAUUAAUCUCUUCUCAUUAAUAAUUCGUGAACAAAAAGUCAUAUCCUUAGAGUUAUCCAUUUAUUCGUACAUAAAGAAAAAAAAGUUGUAUUGAAAGUGUUUGUGUGUAAUCGUACAUAAAGUGGUAUAUGAUAAACACGUAACAUAUGAUAGAUAAAAAGUGAGUGAGAGGGAGCAUGGGUGGGAGGGAGAUAAGAGAAUACAUAUAUAUAUAUAUAUAUAUAUACACACAUAUUUAAACGAACGUAAUAUUACAUAGUUAUAUAUGUAUGUAUAUAUGUAUGUAUGAUGUAUAUAUAUAAAAAACUGGUUUUUCUUUCAAUUUCGUACUAUGUUAUGUAAACAACAACAUAAUUAAAUUUCAAUCAGAGUUUUUAGGUUAAAUUACGAGCGGAUAUUGACCGAUAAAUUUGAAUUUAUUAUAUUAUUAAUUUUGUGUUUUUUCGUUUUAAAAAGUGAACAAAAUUAUUCUUCUUUUUAUUAUAAUUCUAAUCCAAAAUUUUUAAUUCUAUUGUAUUCUAUAUAUCAUUUUUUAUAUUUUGCAGAGAAAAUAAUUAAUCUUUUUGUUAACUAAUGUUAUUCUUUCUUUUCUUCUUUUUAUUUAACAGAGAAAUAAAAUAAAAUCGAACAGUGAAAUAAAAUCGAGAAAAAUACAUUGUUUUAAUAUCAAUUUUCAAUUUAAUUACGUUGAAAAAGAUAUAUGAUUAAUAGGAAUGAAACAAAGAAAGAUAAUAUUUAGGAAUAUUUAUUGAAAAAGAAAAAAAAGGAAAGAAAGAGAAAAAUAAUUUUACAUGAGUGACAUAUCGAUAUUUUUAAAAAUAAUAAUAGAAAAAAAAAAGAAAAAAAAAACAAAAAGCAAAAAGAAUAGGUACAAAGUUUAUGGACCAGAAAAAAAUCGCCAUUUUUCUUAUAACACGUACACUUGACUCUAGUUGUACUUGCUUACUUUCUCGUUUGAAUGAUCGAUAAUCGAUCGAUCGGUCAAUACUUGCUCGAGAAUUACAACAAUUAAUAGAAUUUUUCUAAUAAGAUUAAUAACAAAUAAAAUAGGUUGUAUAGAUCGAUUGAAAAAUCGAUUGUGAAACACUUUUGGAUAAAUAGAAAAUAAAGACGUUGGAUUAAUUGAUUAAUUAGCUUGUAAUGUUCAAGGGAGGGAAAUUUAAAAAAAAAAAAAAGAAAAAAAAGAAAAAAAAAUCAAACCAGCAAACAAACUAACAAACAAAAAAUUGGUUAGGUAAAAAAAAAUUGGUUAAGGUAAAAAAAAAAAAAAUUAAAUUAUGUGUUUGCAACGUGGAAAAUGAAGCGUAGUAAAAAAAAAUAAAUAAAUAAAUAAAAGAAAAGAAGUUGGUAAAAAAUUAGAUGAUCGGGGCAAAUAGAUUAGAAAUUUCGUGCGCGUUUUGAGUUUUCAUUUUAACUAUUAUAUUAUUGUUACAUGUAAUAUUAUUAAUAUGUGAUCAACGUUAGAUCUUACUAAUUAGGCGUGUGUUUCAUGUAAAUAUAAUUCAUCAUAAAGUUUUAAUAAUCGUCGUAUUUCAUUGGGAAUAAUAAUAAAAGUCACAAAGUAGAUUAUUAUUUUAUAAUAAAUAAGAGAGAGAAGAAGUAAACGUAUUUUUAAUAUCGAUAGGAUUCGAUACUUUAUCGUGAUCGAUGUUCCACUUAUUAGAACGAACUUAAAACUCUGUGUGUGUGUGUGUGUGUGUAUGUAUGUGUGUGUCGAUAUAUAUAUAGUGUUUUACGUUCUUCUAGUUGUAAUAAACAAAUCAAGAAAAAUUGUAUGUAUAUACAUAUACACACACACACAUACAUAAUAUUAAUUUAGAUUAGAAAACAACGAUGAUGGAGAUUCGAUCGAGGAAGACUAAAAUACAUAAAAUAUUAUUAAAAGAGUAUAAAAUUGUAGAUUAUAUAUAGCGUUAACGAUUUUCUAACUUGAUUAAUAAUAUAUAUCGUUCUUUGAUGUUUUAAAUGUUAGAAAUUUCAAACACACUUAUGCAUAAUAUUAUCAUGAAAAGGAAAAAAUGCGGGGAAAGAAUUCGAGAGAAGGAGGGAGAAGGGCUGAGAUGAAAAAAAGGAAGAAAAGUUAAAAAAUGCGUUACAUAUUUCAUACUAAUCAUUAAACACGUUCGAGUAUUGUCGCUUCGAUCGUUUCUCGAAACUCGUCGUUGUUAAAAAAUACAAAAAAGGUCAUUAGUGAGUGAUGUUUAAAUAAGAAGAAAAACUAGUUUUUAGAAAUUAGAUUAGGGUACUCUUCAUAGAUUUUUAUUUUUAUUUUUAUUUUUAUUUUUUUUUUUUUUAGAGGAUGGGUUGGGGAUAGGUUCUUUUUUGUCUAAAUUUCAUUUUUGGCUAUAAUCCAUUCUAUUCUAACUUAGAUACUCGUAAGAAUUAAACUCGAUCUUCCUAAUUGCGAUUAUAAACUAUUCUAACUAAAUAUUAUUCGUAAUUAAUAUAUAUAUAUAUAAAAAAUGUGUGCGUGAGUGUGUGUAUGUGUGUGUGUAAUAAUAAUAAUGUUGAUUAAAAAAUGACCGAUAUUAGCGAUAUUCUGCUAACUCUCGUAGCUUUAAUCUAGAUAUAAAAAUUAUUAUUAUUAUGAUUAUUAUUAUUAUUAUUAUUAUUAUUAUUAUUAUUAUUAUUAUUAUUAUCAUCAUUAUUAUUAUUAUAUCUCAUCAUCAUCAUCAUUGUCAUCAUGUCGUAUCAUUAUUAUCUGUAAUAAUAACAUGAUUUGAUAAUAAUGUUCGUCAACUUGAAAUUAAUUCGAGAUUAAGUUAGGGAAUAAAAAAAAGGGGGGGGAAACUUUUUCUUUUUCUUAAGGGAGAAAAAAAACAAUAAGAAAAAAAGAAAUACGGCAAUGACUUAUUAAUAAUAUUAUUAUUAUUAUUAUUAUUAUUAUUAUUAUUAUUAUUAUUAUUAUUAUCAUCAUUAUUACUUAUAAUGUAUAAAUCUACUGUAUUAUAUAACAUACCCUUUUUUUUCGUAUCUUUUUAACGAUCAAAGUUUCAUUAGGACGAAUAAUCUUUAUUUAGCACUUUUCAAAUUAACCGCGCUUUUGUAUCUUCCUUCUUUCUCUAACCAGAAAUCUCGUCGUCGGCUAUCUUCGUUCUUGUUCGUUUUUCUUAUUGUCAGUUCUUCUCCGUUCAUCUUCGUGCGUACAUCUCUCGUUACUUUCUCAUCCUUCUUCAAAGUUUCUCUCUUUGACGAGUUAAUUUUCGUAAAUGUUGCCUUAACGAUAUGAAUUAUUAUCAAUGAAUACUAUAAUUGCACGUACGUAAAUACACAUACACAUAAACUUAACAAAAUGCAUUCGUUUGCCAAAACAAUUUUGUCCUAUUUAAACAAACUUACACACACACACACAUACAUACAUAUAUACAAAAUACCUUCUCCUCGAAUAUAUAUAUAUAUAUAUAUAUAUAGUUAGUCGUCCAACGGACAAAACGAGUCAAAAAUAAUCUUUCUAAAGAAAGAAAGAAAAAAGGAAAAGAACAUUAAUAAUAAUAAUAAUAAUAAUAAUAAAAUAAUAAUAAUAGUAUUAAUAAUAACAAUUAUGCGAUAUAUAGUUAUAUAUCGUAUUAGUGUGUAACACAAAAGCUUUUUAUUAAGCCAGCAAAGUCUGUCACAAAGUAUUACGCUAUUUGGCGAUAGAGAGAGUACAUUUCCGGUACGAUUAAACUAUUUCUCUCUCUCUCUCUCUCUCUCUCGCACGUACCGGAAAUGUUUCAAUACCUAUGUACGUACAUAUAACGGGUGUCCCGUUCACAUUAUUCUUACGUAUAUAUUUCGCCUAUUUUAUUAUGUCUACGCGCCCGAGUGUGUGUACGUGUGUAUGUGUGGGUAUGUGUGAAUUGUGUAUAUGUAUGUAUGUAAGUAUGUACGACGCGUAAUUUGUAAUAAAUCCAACACUCGAAUGAUAACAAGAAAUUUCACACGAUAUUCUUAUUAUUAUUAUUAUUAUUAUUAUUAUUAUUAUUAUUAUUAUUAUUAUUAUUAUUAUUGUUAUUGUUGUCUAAUAUUUUUUUGCAUAAUUAUUAAUAAUAAUGAUCAACAUUUUUUACCAAUGUGAUUGGAUAAACAAACGAGCUUUUUUUUUCUUUGUCUUUUCUUUUCCUUUUUUUUGUUUUGUUUUGUUCUUUUCUUUGUUCUUUUUACUGAAGACAGAAAUGAGUGCGAGAAAGAAAAAUUCGAUAAAAAAUUAAUAUCAGCAGGGUGGAUCGUAACUUUUCUUUUUUUUUGUUCUUGAACGGUAAUAGGGCGUGCCUUAUAUUGAAGAAAGGACGACGGGUUCGGUCGUCGUUUUGUUUUUGUUCGUUGUAAUUAAAUACUUGCUGCUUUUUUUUUUUUCCAAUAAAAAAGAUUUGUUAAACAAAAGAGAAAAGUCGAAUAAAAUUCUUCCGUUUCUUUUUUCUUUUCUUGUAUCGAAUCAAGCUGGAUCAAAAAAAAUACACUCGUUUAGACGACACCUGUUAUAUGAUAUUAUUAUACAUAAAAGUAUGCAUACGCAUAUACGUGACUAUAGAUAUGUUAUGUAUGUGUGUUUGUAUAUAUAUAUAUGUAUUAUAAUAUACACAUUUUCCCCACUCAAGUGUUUUAGCGUGCGCGUGUGUGUGUUUAUGAGCGUGUGAAAAUGGAUGUGUGUUUGUAUGAUUUAAACGUACAUUUGUAUGUAUAUACAUGUACACACACGUGUAUAUGUAUAUAUACACAUAUAUAUAUAUAUAUAUUGUUUGCACGUACAUAGAAUUAUUUCGGUGGUCGACCAGAGUACAAAGCUUAGGUUUAGUUUGACCUCGGAGAUAGUUCGUGGACGGAAUCAAGGAAAACUAAGUGAACAAAAAAGAAAAGAAAAUUGAACUGAAUUAAAAAUUCUUUUUGUCGUAGCUAUAAAUUAUCUUUUGUCAAAUCUGGAUGAGAUAUUAUAGAACAAAAAGAGAGAGAGAGAGAGAAAGAGAGAGAAACAAUCGCAUUGAUUAGAUCAAAGAUAAAACAUUCGAAAAAUUGAUAAUUUAAUGAAUAAUUAAAGAGAGAGAGAGAGAGAGAGACAAAGAAGUAAAAACAAGUUAUUUCCAUUUUUCUUUAUUUAUUCUUUUCUUAACGUAUGGAAUAAGAAAAAUUUAUUUCUUUUUUUAAGAGUGAAAAACACUUUUUUGUUGAUAGAAAAUAGAAUAAUGUUCUUUUGAUUAAUGUAGUACUAUCUCUUUCUCUUUCUAAUGAAAGAAAUCAGUGACGUCAUAAUUCAGAAGUAAGUUUUCCGAAUUUUGAAAUAAAUACAUGCAUAACAUAAUAUAUAGGCCAACCCACAUACACAUACAUACAUAAAUACAUACACACACACACACACAUGCAACACAUAUUGACAUGAAACAUAUGUAUAUAUAAAAAUAAAGGUGCAUAUAUCCUUUUUGUGGGGAGAGGAAAAAGCUAGAAGUCUAUUUGAUAUUUAUAUUUUAAUAUACACACACGGACCGAUUGUAUUUAGCGACUAUAUUAUAUUAUAUUGUAAUUAACGAUGUGCUCUAAUUAAUCAUUCAUCGAUAUAUCGAUAUUAUCGUUUCGCAACCUUCUUCUCGCUACCUUUAAACUUUCUCUUUGAAAAUAUUUUGUCGUAGGUUAUAAGAUUGAUUAAUCGAAAUUGAAAUUGAUAAUUAAUGUGGAAAAAUUUUAAGAAGAAAAUAAAAAAAAAAAGGAAGGCAAGUGAUGUGACUUGGUUGCGCAACGAUUUCGAUGAUUCGAUAGAUGAGUGUCACUUCGUGUGACGUGUUGGUUGAUCGACGGUAAUGGUAACAAAAACUACAAAAAAAAAAAGUAACAAACAAAGUAAAUUGGACACACGAUUAUUGUAUAUUAUUGUAGCAUAAUAAUCAAACACUAAAGACUAAUGCUUAAGAUAAUUAUCGAGUGGUUUUGGCCGCUAUAUUAGAUCAACUAUAUUAUGUGAGGUGUAUUUGAAAAAUAUUAUUCAUUAUUAUUAUUAUUAUUAAUUAUUAAUUAUUAAUUAUUAUUAUUAUUCAUUAUUAUUAAGGACGAUAAUUAAUUCCUUAUUAUUACUAUUACUAUUAUUAUUAUUAUUAUUAUUAUUAUUAUUAUUAUUAUUAUUAUUAUUAUUAUUAUUAUUAUUAAUAAUGCACAGGAGCUAUAUAAAAUAAUUAACAUGCUGAGAUACCUUAGAAUGAUUGAAAUAAAAAUGCUAGAUAAAAAAGAAAUAAAUAAAUAAUUAAUUAAUACGUUUGUGUAGUGGGCAAUGAAGAUAAACAAGUAAUAUUAAUAAGAUAAAGAAAAAGUAGAGAUAAAAGAAACGCAAAAUGACAAAGAUCCUAACUGUAAUAUCAAAUUGUGUGUAUGUAUGAAUGCAUGCAUGCAUGCAUGUAUGUAUGUACGAGCGUGUGUGUGUGUGUGCGUAGUCAAAUAUUUGGCUCCAUUUUAUUUAUAUUAUUAAAAUGCCUAUAAUUCCAACUAUAUAAAACGAGAUUCAAUUUCGAAAGAUUUUGAAAAGAAAAAAGAUGAACAAACAAAACAAAAAAAAAGAAAAGAAAAGAAAAGAAAAAAGCACAAAGAUCGCACGAAUCCUUUGUUUCGAAUGUGAUCCAUUCAUUCAUCAUCCCCUUUCCAUCCCCCUCAUCUCCACUCCAUUGUUGUUCGAAAACAACAGUUUUUUUAUUUCGACGCCAAACACAUUUGUUACGACGAUGAAACAAAAAAGAAUGAAAGAAUAGAAAAAAGGUUAAAAGGAAUUACGAUUUUUUGAAUGACGAAAUAGAUCUAACAAAAUG